GUGAAUUGGCUGGCUUCGCUUCUCUCUGACUUGUUGCUCCCUUCCCGAACUUCGCCAUUCUCGAUCUCCAUCUCCUCCUCACUCUGCUCGACGCCGGCGCCCAGCACCAGCAGCCUCCGCUCUCCAUCUCCGCCGCCGCCGCCCUCCUCCCGCCGCCGCUAUUUUUCAGGAUCAAGAAAUGGAGGCCACUGGUGCUGAAGCUACAUUGUCACAGGUUACAGCAGUUGAUGGAGAAGAUAACCUUUUCCAAGAUAAGGAAAGUAGGGCUACUGCCAAGGAGCGUGGGGAGGCAGCUGUUUUUGGUUUGGAAAACAUUGUUACUGCAAAUGGAGCCACAAGUGCUGCUGAUCUUGCACCCCCAAAAGAUGUUGUGGAUGAGUGGCCUGAACCUAAGCAAACUCACACGUUCUUCUUUGUUAGAAUCUGUUCAUAUGAGGAUCCUAGCCUGAAGGCAAAACUUGAACAAGCUGACAAGGAGUGCCAGAAGAAGAUUCAAGCUCGGUCCCAUAUUUUUGAGGCUUUGAGGACCAAGAGGAGUGAACGAUCCAAUAUUAUAUCAGAGCUGAAGCCAUUGGCUGCAGAGAAUAAACAAUAUAAUGAAGUUGUGAGUGGAAAAUUGAAGGAAAUAGAACCUCUUCAAAAGAGUUUAGGAAAGUUUCGUAGUGAAAAUAAUGCUAUGCGCGCACAAGGCGCAGGUUUAUGCUCAUCAAUUGAAGAGCUUGAUCAGUUGAUCAAGAGCUUGAAUGACCGAAUUUCUCAUGAAAGCAUAUCCUUAGAUGAGGAAAAGAGGUUGGUCAAAGAAAUAAAACAACUUAAUGGAACCAGGUCAAAGGUUAUUGAGAAUGCUGCUAAGAGAGCUAAAAUGCAAGAUACAGUUGUUGAGAGAGGCACAAUACAUGAUCAGGUCAAACAAAUUGGGGUGGGCAUUGAUGAAGUUAAAAGGGAUAGGCAAGCUGUAAGAGACAAGAUUAAGGUUCUUGAAGAUCAAAUCCACGCUGUUGAUGGUGAGAUUGCUGCACUUCAAGAUGACCUCACUGCAGCUACUGCUAGAAAAGAUAAAGCAUUUGAAGCUCUAAAUGAAUUGAGAAAAACACGUGAUCUUAAUAAUACAUCCUUCCAUCAAUACCGCACAAUCUCAAACAGUGUUAGAGACCUUUCAGCGAGGGGUGAAGUAGAAGCGGUGCAGCAGCUCUGCCAGAAUGAGGUUGAGAAGUUCAUGGCACAAUGGUGCAGCAGCAAGUCCUUUAGAGAGGAUUAUGAGAAGAGGAUACUCGUUUCCCUCAACAGCCGACAGCUGAGUCGAGAUGGACGAAUGAGGAAUCCUGAUGAGAAGCCUAUCGUUCUCGAAACACAAGUGGCACCACCUGCUGAACAGGAGCCUGCUCCACUGAAAAAGCCGGCGAAGCAGGCGAAGGAGGCUCCUGCUCCACGUGCAGAUGUUACUCCAAAGGAUGAGAUUCGUGCCAAAGCACCUGCCAAAGCUGCAAAGGCAAAACAACCUCUUGAUAUUGAUGAUAUUCCAGAUGUCCAUGAUGAUGAGCCCCCAAAGGAGAAGACAAAACCUAAAGUAGAUGAAGCAAAAUUGAAAGAGAUGAAGAGACAGGAAGAGAUAGAAAAGAACAAGCUGGCACUGGAAAGGAAGAAGAAGCAGGCUGAGAAACAAGCAAUGAAAGCGGCCGCUCGAGCAGAAAAAGAAGCUGAGAAGAAGCUUAAGGAGAAGGAGAAGAAGGCCCGGAAGAGGAGUGCAACAGCUGGAGGUGCCGAGUCCGAGGAGGCAGCUGAAUCCGAUGCCAAGUCUGAUGAAGCCGAAGCCCAGGAGGAAGAGCCAGCAGCUCCUGUCACAAUUAAAAAGAAUGCCCGGCACAGAAGUACGGUGACGAAAACGAAGACCCCUCUUCCGAAGGCGGUCCUGAAGAGGAAGAAAUCUCAGGCUUUCUGGUCAUGGGGUGCACCCAUGGCAGCAUUGGCAGCUGCGCUCGUGGCCCUUCUUGGAGCCCUGGUCUACUACCAGUACUACUACCUUCCAGCUAGCACCAGCAACUGAUGAACAUGUCACAAGUGCUCUGGCUGUGAUACAAGUGCCUGCCUGAUCAAUUUUUUGCAUUUGACUAGAGGCAUAUGAUCUCUGAAUGAGGAUCCCCUACAUGGUUCCUGUUCUUGUAGUUCCUUUACUAAGUGAAUUCUAGAGAAGGAUUAUACCGUUAUAAUUUUGGCUGGAGAAUGGUUUUCGCUCUACUAUACUGUAUGUUGGGUAUCUGUUGUAGAUGGAUGGACGGCUUGCCGUAUGAAAUAAACAAAUAAUGCUUGUGUUGAUACAUAUGUAUGUUUCGGCUGAUGAA